GACGCAGGUAAACUCGUUUCCUUUUUUCCACAGUCGAGGUAGGGACGUCAUCAUAAAAAACUGAUCCCGUCCGGUUCGGUCAGUGGGAUAUUCACGUCAUCAAGGUCUCAGUGUCUGCAGUUUCUGCUGGGAAUCAUCCAUCAGUUUCAAUGACAUUGUAUCUGCACAAUCCCUUCAGGACACAUUCACAACUGAAACCUAUUCCUUGGUGAUGUGGCUCACCAGAAUCAUCACCUCACAUCCUUUGCAAGAUGCAGAGACAAUUGAAAAAUCUUUAUAGGCAACAAAGCUCAACAGGGAAGAAGAGACGUAUCACUGUGGCUGGUAAAACGUCAUCUGCAGAACGGAUUUCACAGUCACAAAUUUGUUGGAGACCGUGCUCAGAAAGUGGAUUAAAGUCGGGAUCUAAAUGGUGUCUGAUUCCUUGACAAUAACAGGAAGCCGGUGUAAGAUGGAGGAGGAUCGACAAGGGAAAUGUUGCUUUUGUGAGGAAUGACUAUGCGUCCUGAAUUCUAGCAACGGAGCAUACGACGAGCCUAGCAAGGCCCAUUGUAGUCUCUGCAGAUCCCUGAGCUGGUAAGAUGGAGGAAGCAUACAGUGAACUGUACCAGCAGUUUCUUCGCCUGAGGUCACUUUGUCUGAGACAAGCUGCUUUGUUGAACCAACUCACAACAGCCCUGCAGAAACAGCAAGGUGCCACUGUUCCCAAUGGAGAACUGACUGACAUGAUGUCCAUCUCCGUCCAGUGUUCCCAGGAAAUCCCUGUGUAUUUCCAUGAAAACCCUCAACCGUUAACAGCUGCAGCAAACAACCCCACAAAUGUAGGGACUUUGUCUGAUCUCCUUGCUGGAGAUAUGUCCAAGCUCUGCAUGGAUUUUCCACUGCGUAGAAAGGAGGAGUGGAAGUUGGAGCAGAAGGUGGCACCUCUGUCAAGCCUGGAGUCCUCCAGGUGGCAAGGAGCCUCUUCCAACGAAUCAAAAAAUCCAGUGCAAGCAGAUCGUCCCGGCAGAGACGGGACUCUGCACACAGCUAGGAUGCCUGUGUCAGACAGUCCCUCCCGGGGCGUUGACACCCUGAAACAGUCUGGGGGCUUGCUGAUGUCAGACGUGGCACUGCAGUCUCACAUUUGCGACUUCUGCCAGGCCGUUUUCCCUGGAGACACAACCACCAAAGGAGAGUUCCUACGACAUCUCCACACUCACAUCAGCUAGACAGAGCAGAUCAUGCUUAUUCAUUCCUUUUUCUUGUAUGAGUUGUGUUUGCAUUAAAUGCUGUGGUAAAGCAGGUAAAACUCAA